GAACCACAAAAAAAAAAAGAGGGAAAAAAAGCAGCAGCAUCCGGUCGUCAUAUUAGUUUUGUUAAUAUUGUGCGCCGUAUUUGUUGCUACUUUGCUUGUUUGGAGAAAUAAGUGGCCCCCUGUUGACUUUAUAGUCAAUAUUUACAUAGUGUACAAAUACAAACAAACGCGCGUUAUUUGUGUAAAAAUAAGUGUUGGUGGUUCGGCAAAUUUGUUUUGUGCUUAAUUCAAAACGAAUGAUAAAAAUGCACGUGCAGAAAGAGAUGUGUAUUCUGGCUUUAGUCAUUCAAAGUCGUCAAAGAAUAUUAGAAAAAGCCAACGAUCAAAGUUGAAUAUUGGUAAUAUAACGAUCAUUUUAAAAAUUGCUAUAAUUCAAGCCAAUAUAUUUUGGCUGACCAUUUGAAUUUUAAUCGUUAUUAUUUUCCUAUUAAAAAUACCCAGUAGUGUUGUGCGACGUUGCAUUACUGUGACAAAGAACGUAAUCAGCCUAGAAAAAAGAAAUAGGAAUUCAGUCUGACGAUUUGAAAGACACGUGAUUAUUAUAUCUACAAUUUGAGACAGACGCACUAAGCCCUGAGUGUUCUGGCGCUAACAAACAAGCUCAUAAAAAAUACAGCAAACUCGUUAGCUGUCUGUUUAUUUCACGUAAUUGCUUUGCUAUUUUUAAAAUGCACGUGUCAAACAAGCCACGAAACCCAUUUGAUAAAAUAAUCAUCAAGCCAAAUCGUUUGCUCAUUAGAUUUAAAAAUAAAAUCCUAUACGUGCACUUCGCCGUGUUCACCCCAAAAAAGCUCAUAUAAGCAGCUUUCGAACAUAAUCCUAAUUAAAGCAAAAUGGAAUAUUUUAAUUCAUAUAAUGACUUUUUCUAUUUUGAAAAUAAUACUCUCGUGCAGCCGUGUGUAUUCUGCUUUGAAUUAUUCAAAUGAGCCAGUAAGCAGCUUCUUUUUUUGGGGAAGCUUCGCGAAUCGCACCCUCCCGCGAAUGCUCUAACAAAAACGUCAAUGAUUGUGACUGAGUGAGCGAGUGAGGAGUUGCUUGCUUGGUUGGUUGGGGCUCGUCCCGGCGUACCUGCGCGUAUGCAAAUGAGCGCCCCAUUAGCGGCCGCCACGACUAAUCACGCUAAUGUGUCCAAUUGUUGUGCAGAGUGGACACGCAGGGCAGUCACAGGCGGGCAUGCAUGAGAAAGGCGAGAGCGGGGACUGAUACCAGGGCCCCCACAUUAGUCUUAAAACAAUAGAUGGCCAUGGGGGGGGUUACCCUCCCCAUGCAUGUCACCUCCUUUCAGGUGCCUCUGAAACAGCUGCAAAACAGCUUCUUUGUUUAUUUAUUUUUUUGCUGCCAGGUGAUCACAAUUUAGGGCUUUGGGGGGGGGGGGGUCUUGAAAGUCCUCCUACGCACGUCUUAUAUGGAUUAAGAGAAGAUUUCCACGCCUAAAAUACAUCCCACUCUGCCUAAUCCUGUCUCAUAUCCUUGGCUACAAUGUGCUGAUUGCCACUAAUGUGUUUCGCGUGGGUUCAUUACCAGGUCCAGGAUGGAUUUUUCCCAAAAGCGGUUCGGUACCAAGUGCGCCGGCUGCCUGCAGGGCAUCUCGCCCAGCGACCUGGUGCGCAAGGCGCGCAGCAAGGUGUUCCACCUCAACUGCUUCACCUGCAUGGUGUGCCACAAGCAGCUGUCCACCGGCGAGGAGCUCUACGUCAUCGACGAGAACAAGUUUGUGUGCAAGGACGACUACCUGAGCUCGGCCACCAUCAAGGAGGUCAGCCUCAACUCAGCGACUUUGAUUAAAAGCCGCAUCUCCGUCGUCGCAGUGUCGUCGUGCACGGACCGGAGCCUGUCACCGGACGUGCAGGACGGCGCCUUGCUGCAAGACGAGCUGAAGGAGGCGGACAACUGCACGUCGUCGGACAAGGAGACCAAUAAUAUCGAGAACGAGGAGCAGAACUCGGGUGCCAAGCGGCGGGGCCCGCGCACCACCAUCAAGGCCAAGCAGCUGGAGACCCUCAAGGCCGCCUUCGUGGCCACGCCCAAGCCCACGCGACACAUCCGGGAGCAGCUGGCGCAGGAGACCGGUCUCAACAUGCGCGUCAUACAGGUCUGGUUCCAGAACCGAAGAUCCAAGGAACGACGGAUGAAGCAGCUGAGCGCUUUGGGGGCUCGCAGACACGCCUUCUUCCGGGGCCCGAGGAGAAUGAGGACCCUGGGGGGGCGGCUGGAGGACCCGGACAUCUUGGGACCCGCUGCCUACGGCUACUAUGGGGAGUACCAAGGGGACUACUACGGACCAGCAACUAACUACGACUUCUUCCCGCACGGCCCCCCGUCCUCGCAAGCCCAGUCCCCCGCCGAGUCCCCCUACAUCCUGGGCUCGGGGCCCGGGGCCAUGGAGGGCUCGGGCCACCUCCCCUCGGACGACCAAAGGUUCACGGACAUGAUCUCGCACGCCGAGACGCCCAGUCCCGAGCCGGGCUCCCUGCAGCCCGGGCCGGGGGAGGCCUACGGGGGCGGGCCCAGUCCUCCUUUCUCCCUGGCCAGUAACUCCAGCUACAGCGCCCCCAUGUCCCACCAAGGCCCCGAGAUGGGCGAGGCUGCGGCCUGGUGAAGCCAGCCGCCAGAGACCGUUUGCCGCUAACGGACGGCUUUUCGCCCACCGCUGGACUCUCGCUUAGAAGUGUAGAGACGAGUCGUGGCGAGCUUUCUUGGAAUACUGGACUUGAAUUAUUUACAAUAAAGACUUUGAUUGAGUCCGUCCUGCACACAUGCUGCCACAAAAACAACGCAGUCGACACAACAACGCCAAAGGAACUUUUUCUUUACGUCAAGUUGGUUUCUUGCGUUUGAAAGCGAGCCGUCACCUUUUGUAGCCGCGUCGCCGCUAAGUUGGAGCCGCCCGCUUGUAUUCGCCCGGAGUCCUCGUAGCCGCAGCGGCCGCACACGUCGAGGGCAAGUCGACUUCAACCCUAUCCCCUUCCUGUCAUCCGUACCUGGUAGGCAUGUAUUUUAGAUCAGAGCAAUCUCACGGCACACAAACAUCGUUACAGGUGAUCACUGCUAUUUCUGACAAACACAAACAGAGCCCCAAAUAGCGAAAGCGCUGCAAGUCAUUGAUACUUCUUGGAGACCAAUUAUCAGCCAAAAUGAACAAGACCAAAUCUCUUUUGCAGCAAAUGUGAAGUAAACGCACUUUAUUUGCUUUGGAGGGCCACGGAAAAAUGAUGUAGCAGUCCAGACUUGGCCCCCAGACCUUAGGUUGGACACUUGUGCUGGAACCCGUAAAUAUGCCACAAACUAGGAUCCCAAAACUCAUCUUCCAUCAUUUGCAUUAAAAAAGGGAUUUAUGGAGGAUUUGAUUUGGGUUAUGCACCACAAGUGCGAUGACUCCCUGGAACCAACCAACCAACCAACCAACCGAACGUUAUUUUGAGCCGGAAAAUGCGUUUGGAUUUGAGCAGGUUGCUAUUUUUUUGCAUACUGAAAUGGAAGUAAAUUGAGUGUAACAUUCUCGGGAAAAUACUGGACACCACCCGGCCGGCUCAGGGUUGAUAUUGUGGUGAAUGCGGAUACCCCGCCCCCUGCGUAUGUAUGGAUGCAGCAUAUACAGUAUACAGUUGCUUCUUUUCUUAGAAAAUGUUGCUAAUAAAAUUAGUUGUUUUCAAAUCAAAAGCUACAAUAAUAACCUGGUAGCCCAUUUCUUGCUAGCUUUAACUCAUCAGUGUGGGUCAUUUUUGCUGGAUCAAAAA